UUCUGGUCUCCUCCGUGCUCCCAACGGGCACUUUGGACUCUUCCGUUCCGACAUGUUCGGUUGGUGUCCGAACAGGUCUUGGCGGUGCAGGGGGCAGAUACAGAGACAGCGAAUAAAGGUACAAAGUAGCAGUUAUAACAACCGUGAGAAGUCCGACGAGUGAGCGCAUAUUCUGGCAGUUUCUUUGUUUGUUUUGGUUUUCGCCAGCUGAAACAGGAAGUGGGAGCGGAAACGAAUGGGCGAACGUGACGUCACUACCGCGCAUAGCCACGCGACAUUGUGUAACCAAAGACGUUACAGUGUUUUAAAGUGAGUCGUUUUUCACCAGGAAUCGACUCCUUAAAUGCAAACAAGGAUGUGGGCGUUAAUGUUCUAAAUUUCGAAACAGUUAACCCCAAAGACGCUAAACAAAGAGGUAAUACUACUCAAAUAGCAUUUCCGUAGUACGCUGUGCGCGGGUUUGGCAGCCAUGAUGGUAGGCAGAAUCCAUAAACAUAUGUGAACAUGUCCUCGGCACACUGCUUAGCGGUGACUUGAACUAAUAGUUGGUUUAAAACACCAGAUUCGUCAUUUUUCACGUUUCCCUAAAAACGUCGUAAGUUUAUAAUACUGUUUUUUGUAACCAAAGGAGGCACUUGCCAAGAUAACAUACAGUAUCAGGAAGCUAAUUUGUUUCUCUGUGCGAUUAGUUGAAUUCAAGUCAAUAAUGGUGAUGAUUGAGGCUGUAGUAUUACAAAUAUAUUAACAUAUAUUACAGUUCAAUAGACUGUAUGUUAUUUUUAAAGUGCAGGCACUGCGCAUAACUUUACCGCACACUCAGUUCAGAGCAAUACAAUGCAUGGUACACUGUUUUCACGCCUAGCACCGCCCAGUUAGCUGGCUCGCUUACCAUCAUGGCGGACCUUCCUCCGCCAUUGCGUACUACAGAUAAGUCAACAAGCUGUGAAGCUGUGCGGAGUAGAACUAGUUCCGCCAGCAAAACACUGAAGUUACAAAGUCCACUUUACGCAGUAAGAAAAGUGCGAGUGAUUGUAUGAAACAAUGGCUAAAUAUUCUUAUAUUGCGGGAACGACUGUCGGCUUGAUCACGCUCCAAAAUCCUCCAGUAAAUGCACUAAGUGCAGCAGUACGUCAAGGCAUUGUGGACACGGUAAAAAGGGCCCUUAGUGACACUGAGGUCAAGUCUGUCGUCAUAUGCGGUCAGAACGGAGUCUUCUGCGGGGGCGCAGACGUGAAGGCAUUCGGGACCCCCAUGUCUGGGCCUCCACUGGUGCCAAUGCUAUAUGCCAUAGAGGCCGCAGACAAGCCGGUGAUUGCAGCCAUUGAGGGGUUUGCUUUGGGUGGAGGCCUGGAGUUGGCGCUUGGCUGUCAUUAUCGGAUAGCACACAGAAAGGCCAUACUGGGGCUUCCAGAGGUGACUUUGGGUCUGCUGCCAGCUGCAGGGGGUACCCAGCGUCUGCCAAGGCUGACUGGACUGCCGGCUGCUUUAGACCUCAUCACUACUGGUCGUCACAUCACCGCUGCAGAAGCGCUCAAGUUGGGAAUCGUGGAUCAGGUUAUUGAUCGCAAUACCGUGGACACCGCUGUCAAGUUUGCGCUCAGCGUCGCAGACCACAAGCUGGAUGCUCGCCGCUUAAGCACGCGUCCGUGUCCUUGCCCUCCUCAUUUGGAUGCUCUAUUCGAGGAGGCAAUGCUGAAGGUGCGCCAGAGAGCCCGUGGAGCCAUAGCGCCGGUGGCUUGUGUCCAGGCCCUGCAGGCAGCCGCCACCUUACCCUACGCUCGAGGCAUGGAGAGGGAAAAAGAACUGAUGGACACACUGUUCACGUCUGGACAGGCCCGGGCUCUGCAGUACAGUUUUUUUGCUCAGAGAGAUGUUCGCAAGUGGAGCAUGCCCAGUGGAGCUCGCUGGGACAACAGCAAACCCAGGCCCGUCCAUAAAACAGCAGUUAUUGGUCUUGGCACAAUGGGGAGAGGCAUAACGGUCGCCCUCGCUCAGGCGGGGUUGUCUGUGGUUGCCGUGGAAGCCCAGGAGAAACAACUGAUGGACUCCAAGCAGGCCAUAUCAGGUAUGCUUCUCAGGGGGGCCCGGAGACGAGGGCGGGCUCCUCCUCCACUUGACAAGGUCACUUACAGCCGCAGCCUCCAGGCAGUAGCCGAUGUUGACCUGGUCAUCGAGGCUGUGUUUGAGGACGUGGCCCUGAAGAAGAAGAUCUUCCAGCAGCUGUCUGCUGCGUGUAAACCUGGCACGGUUCUGUGCACCAACACGUCUGCGAUAGACGUGGACCUCCUCGCGUCUCAGAGCCGCCAUCCAGAACUAGUAGUCGGGAUGCAUUUCUUUGCCCCGGCGCAUGUCAUGAAACUGCUGGAGGUGGUGUACGGGUCACGGUGUUCUCCUGAAGCUGUGGCGACCGCCAUGAAUCUGGGAAAGGAAAUAGGUAAAGUCUGUGUGGCUGUGGGGAACUGCCGUGGCUUUGUCGGGAACCGCAUGCUGACGCCUUACAUGGAGCAAGGGUUGUUCUUAUUGGAGGAGGGAGCCACGCCCGAGCUGGUGGAUGAAGCUCUGGAGGAGUUUGGUUUUGCCAUGGGGCUCUUCAGAAUGUCUGAUCUUUCUGGGAUUGAUGUGGGCUGGAGAAUUAGGAAGGAAGAUGGUCUUGUGGACCCUGGUGCAACGGGGCCGGCAGCCAGAGUCCGACAACACCGCAGGUACAGUCCUCUUGGAGAUCUUCUCUGUGCACAACAGCGAUUCGGCCAGAAAACAGGUCUUGGAUGGUAUAAGUAUGACAACAGUCAUGAAGCAAGUUCUGACCCAUGGGUGAAGCACUUCUUGGAGGACUAUCGAUGUCAACACGGUCUGGCGUCACGUCGCAUAGACCACCAGGAGGUUCUGGAACGCUGCUUGUAUAGCCUCAUCAACGAGGGCUUCCGCAUCCUUGAGGAAGGAAUAGCUUCCCGACCCGAAGACAUCGACGUCAUCUACGUGUUUGGCUACGGCUGGCCCAAGCAUCGCGGGGGUCCCAUGUUCUACGCCAGCAUGGUGGGCUUGGAUAAAGUUCUGGAGAGGCUGGAGCACUACCACCGAGUUCACCCUGAUGUGCCUUACCUGCAGCCGUGUGGGCUGCUCCGUAGGUUGGUGGCCAGCGGCAGCCCACCUCUACGCGAGUGGAGGGGAAUCAUCAAGAAGGCUCACAGCCAUCUUUAAAUCUAUGAAAUGGCGUUUUUCAACCAAAUAUCACUCAUUUCCAAAGCAUUAUUCAUUUAUACUGGAAAUGUACCAUAGUCAUUUGGCAAUGGUUCACAUUGCAAAUUCUACAAAUUGCUUUAUUUACUCAUAUAGUCAACUGCAGAGAAUACUAGGCUACCAAUAGAAAUUUAUCAGCAGGGGGCUAAAUGCAUAUUAAUGAUAAUGGUAAUGGUUUGAUUUCAUUUGAACAUGCAUCAGAUUACAAUUGAAUGCAUCACAUAAUCAGUUCACAGUUCCACAUGUCCAAAAGGAGUAGGAAGAAGCAAAGCUUAUUAAAUCCUACCCCUCCAUCUGGUACUUUUACAAUCAGUAACUGUUACAUUUGUUCACUUCCUGCUUUCCUAAUAUAAUAAAAAUAAUGUAUUUUAUUAAUUUUUAUUUUAUUUAUUUUUUUAUUUUUUGUCACAUACCAAAGUACAAGGUGAUAUGACCAUCCAAUGACAUAAUGGGUACCAUAGUGAGUGUCAAUAUAGUGAUAUGUAUAGCACAUUUGUUAUUAUAGUACAUUUGUUCACUUCCUGCUUUCCUAAUAGAGUUCUAAUAAAGUUUUUGUUGUUGUUUUAAAUUAAAUUAAAUUAAAUUUAAUCUUCAUCAAUUUAAACUCUUCAUCCUUGUAUUUAGCAAACAUCAACUGUUUGUAUUGUUUCUUGAAUUGACUCAUUUGAAGAUUGCUUUUAUAGUUAUUAGCCCAUAUUUCCACACAAUAAGUAAGAUAUGGUAGAACCAGAGAGCGAUAAAGAUAAUAAUGUUGUACAGCAAUAUGGAGGAAAAACUGCUCAGCCAGCAUUAAAAGCUCUAAUAACAGUAUUUGUGAUUUUAGAAAUAAAGAGUUAGUAUGUUCUCUGUAGGCGGCAUUAUGAAUUAUCUUUACUUAAUUAUAAUCAAGUUAGUGUUUUUCCACAAAUAUAUAAUAAUAAUAAUUACCAUAUAAGAACAUCUUAAAAUGAGAUCUUGUUAUGCUUCCGCAUCCCAUUUAUUGCUUUAGUCACUUUCCAAAAUGAAAUCCGCCUUUUGUUAUUACGUCUUGUUUCCUAAUCAUGAGGAUUCAGGGCUUUUCCGUGUUUUGUUGUGUCAUUGCAAAUGGUGUGUCUUUGAGUUUUAUCUCAUUUGGGGGGUGGGGGGGGCAUCUAAAUCCGAUGAUUACACAGCCAAGAUUACAAUGUGACUUGUGCAGUCGGCACACUAUAAGCUCUCCCACCUGACGAGCGCGGAGGGGAUGGCGAUUGUGUGCUCCGUGCUGAUGUAAAGGAUAAAUGAGGCCAACACAAAAAGGAACGUAUACCCUUUUAAGGUCACGUGCGGUUCUUGGGAGUCUGUGUUGAUUACGAUGGAAAACUGAUACUGACACAAAAGUGCAACUCUGGCCUGUAAUAACCUCCAGGACACAAUCCGCUGUUUAAUCUUGAACAGCACGAAGCACUCGACCAACAUCUGCAACCCUUUUACAGAUUCCCCGCACUAAAUCAGCCAACUACGUUUACUAUGGGAUUUACAUUGUGUAUCAUAUUCAUUCAGAAAAUACAUUUUGUACAAUCAUACAGUAUAUGGAGAGACUAUGCUUCCAAUGCAUUUUCCUCCUAUCUAUCGAAUUGCAACCCACCUCUCAAGUGGUUUUGGUCUGCUUGUUUGGGUCACACCAGGGUUUGGAUGACUGUGUUCAUACCUAAGUACAGGAAAUACUCCAGAGAUCUUUUCAACUGACCCAAACAUUUUAAGUAUGAUACUAAUUUUAACAUCAAUAAAAUCAGUAUAUCAUGAAGAAUUGUCAAAAAAGUUCAGUAUUGUAAUAAUGUGAAUUAAAUUUGUGAUAUCAAUGCACUUUUGCAAGAUGUUCUAAUUUAAUUUAUUGCUCUCUGGUUCUACCAUAUCUUAUCAUAUCUUGCAAAAAAGGUCAGUAAGGAUAAUUCAUAAUGCCGCCUACAGAGAACAUACUAACUCCUUAUUUCUAAAAUCACAAAUACUUCAACUUGCUGAUAUAGUUCAUCUUCAAACAGCUAAAAUAAUGCAUAAGGCUAAAAAUAAUAACCAAUUAGCUAAACAUGUCAUGAUGUGCUAUACAUAUCACUAUAUUGACACUUAAUAUGGUACCCAUUAUGUCAUUGGAUGGUCAUAUCACCUCCUACUUCGCUACGUGACAAAAAUAAAAAAUAAUCAUUUUUUAGUAUUUUAAUUAUUUUAGUAUUUUUAAUUUUAAUUUAAAAAAUCAAAUUAAAUUAAAAUUUAAAUAAUUAUAUUAGGAAAGCAGGAAGUGAACAAAUGUAUCAGUUACUGAUUGUAAA